AUGAGGUUGAUAACCGUUCUGGCAUACAUAUGCCUGUUUGCUGCUUUUGCAGCAGCACAAGGCAUACAAGAAGCCGUUGACCAGAAACAUCCUCGAAACAAUGAUCGAAACAACGACCCAGAAAACACUGCGAUUGACAAUGCUUCGACUGUUAUUACCUCGUACCUUACUGGCUCCUACGUCGUUACGUCCUGGAGAGAUGAUCAACCUGCUGAGACCAAUAUGCCUCCGCUGGCGAAAGGGUCGGAUGGGGACAUCGAGACAGAAGGCAGUAAAGGUAAUGGUAACGACAACGGAAAACACAAGAAUCUAGGCAGAGGAAAGGGCAAGGGAAAGGAUGACAAGUCCACUACAACAUCCUCGACCACCACCAAGGCCACGACCACCACCAAGGCCACGACGACGGCGAAGGCCACGACUACCACCAAGGCCACCACGACCGCGAAGGCCACGACGACCACCACCAAAGCUUCAACAACAUCCAAGGCGUCGACGACUUCCAAGGCCACCACAACCACCACGACCACAAAGGCCUCGACAACUUCCAAAGCCUCGACAACUUCCAAGGCCUCGACCACUUCCAAAGCCUCGACCACUUCCAAAGCCUCGACCACUUCCAAAGCCUCGACCACUUCCAAUGCUUCAACAACAUCCAAAGCUUCAACAACAUCCAAGGCCUCGACGACUUCCAAGGCCACCUCGUCGUCCAAAUCAUCGGCCACCUCGUCCAAGUCUGCAUCCACCUCGUCCAAGUCUGCGUCCAUGGCAACGCCCAGCCCAACUACGACGUCCAAGUCCACCUCGCCAGCGAUAUCGUCGUCCACGCCCAAACCCACAUCGUCCAUGUCGUCUUCCAGACCCCUGAUCCCAACUGCAUCUACGUCCUGCGCCCACAACACAGUUUCCUUGGUAACAGUCUUCUGUGAGCCGAUGGCUACCAGCAUGGCCGGGGCUGGGUCCUACAGCAUGUCUGGCAGCGGCUCCUACAGCAUGACCUGCUCGCCGUCAACUGUAUACACCACGGGCUGCCUUGCCACAGGAACCACAACGACUAUCAUGGGAACACCCACUCCCAGCGCUCAAACCCUGUGCUCAUAUGAGGGUUGCAAAGCAGAUUCCGAAUGCACUAUUGGAGGGAACGCAGAGAUGGUGACCAUACAGGAAGUCACCUGCGAAGAGAUUCCUGUGGAAUACGUCGACAAGCUACCCACGGAGAGUUCAGGUUCCCUUAUGACAAUCUUCGACGGGAAGAUGGUAAAUAAGGUUCCAAAAGAUGGUGGGCUUGCGAGUAAGCGGGCCAAGCGCGCGCCUCGUAUACGAACAAGGCCGCUUGCCCCAAUAGAUCUCGAUACAAUCACCGACAUUGACUUGAAGAGAGAGGCUGGAAAGGUGUACAACGCUAUGUCAGAGCGUGGCCGUCGUACAAAUUCCUGGUUUGAAAAGAGCGGGGGUGUUAGCGGUAAAUGGAUUGAGUUCCAAAAGUACCCUAAUGAUAAAACAGCAGUGGGAAUAAAGGACAUCACGGGAUGUACUGUGGUGAUGAUUAUUACAUCAAAGGGGGUGUUCAUGGCACACAUCUGGGAGACCUUCUUUAUUGAUCAAGAGCCCGUACCAAUUGGCGUGAGUAAUUUUGCUGAAGCCCUCGUACCAGUUGGUUUGGAUGAGUUUGAUCGGAACGUCAUUGAGCCCUUGAUAAGCGGUGGACAUGCUGGAGUCGGCUCUCUCCUGGGUCUGAUUGGAACUGACCAAGGCCCAGGACAGCUGCAUCAUACAAAACGUCCCACCAUAAUUGUGAUCACGCCUCACGACUACGACAGACACGGCAAGGUUAUACGGUACCAAUCCCAUGCCCAGCGGCUAGCAGACAGACUGGGGAAAGCCAUCUAUCCGAACAGAUACCCAGACCAGAUGGAACCAUUGAUAAAAGGCUAUGAUCCAAAAGAAACGCUGAGCGAUGAGGAAAGGCCGCAAAUCAUCCGCAACUACAGGAAAAUUUUUAGGAGAGCUGCUUUAGAGGUAACGAGGAGGAAUGGAUUGAUCGGCGAACAAACAAUGGUGGCGGAAUCUGGUAGACCGCGACCGAGGCUGUUAUUUCGCGGUGCUUGGCGACUAUGGGUUGGUCCUAGGAUCGCCCUUGAACUAGGUUUCUUUGAUGAGGACAGUUGGAUCAAUAAAUACCCUGAUCCGAUUAGAGAGAAACGAGGUGAACCCGAGGCCGAAGAGGAGGAAGACGUCGACCCAUGCCUAUACUGGGAUGCGCCACCAGGCUCGUCGAGCGGCAGUCCCACCCCGGCCAGCACCAGCAGGGCUCUCAUCAACACCAGCACGACCCCAUUUGGCACCAGCACGACGCCCACACCUACCCCCACCGGACUAUGUUCAUAUGAAGCAUGCUCCAACGAUUCAGAGUGUACUCUGGAAGAUGGGGCCACGGGAUUCGUGUCAACAGGACACGUAGACUGCUCGGACGUCCCGAUUGAAGACGUGGAUCACCUACCCGACGAGAUAGAGGGGUCUGCGGUGGUGAUGCUGGAGGGGGACCCGGUCAAAUCAAAUCAUCUGGCCAAACGGAUAAUAGCAAUCAGGCCCAAGCCUCUGAGGGAUCUUGAUAAUAUCCCAGAAGAAGAGAAACCACAGGCAUAUCGAAGAGAGGUAUAUAGGGCGAUGGAUAGGCUUACGGAUCAUAAUGGAUGGGUGGGAGGGAAUCGCGGCAUCACUGCAAAAUGGAUUCCAUUGCCGCAAUAUCCUGAUGACAGAAUGGCUGUCGGGGUGAGGAACCUUAAUGGGUGCAAUGUGGUUUUGAUUAUCACACGAGAUGGGGUGUAUGUCGCCCAUAUCUGGGAAGAACAUUACUUCUUCGAUUCUGACGCUGAUCAGGCGACAUCCAUCCCUGAUUUUCUGGAGAAAACCCUUGCACCCCUUGUGGGUGAUUCCGAAGACCCAGAGCCUUAUAUUGAGGAUACCAUUCGGACACUAAUCGGAACUGACGAUGAGCCUGGGGCUUUGCACCACACGGUCGAGCCGCAUAUCUUUGUGAUUACCCCUUGGGCACCACGGCAAGUUGGGCAAGCUUACCAAUACCCAGAACAAGCCCGGUACUUGGCCAACGCUCUUGGUGAAUUAAUUUACCCAAAUGGAUAUCCGAAAGAGGAGCUGAGACCUAUAAUCAAAGCAUAUGACCGAGCAGUGCAAGAUGGAGGGCCGAGGGGCAAUCCCUUUCAAAAAGUUAUCCUUGAGAUGAACAGGAGAAACAGUGCACACCGCAUGGAUUUCAAUGAAGGUAGAAGAGUGCAUUUCAUGGGAUUAUGGCGGUUGUGGGUUGGUCCGGAGCACGUUGCGGACGUCAAUUUCUGGAAGCCAAAUAAUUGGAUACCGACUUGGUAUAAUAAUGGCGAUGAACCUCCAAUCGUCAAAAGAGGUGACGAGGAGGCCGAAGAGAAUGCUGUGGAUGCGUGCCCAUAUUGGGCGCAACCCUCAGACUCAGCGAUAAGUCCAUCAAGCCCGUUGUCGACCGAGAUGAUGUCCCCGACCACAGAGGCAAAUGGAAACCUCCCCAGGACCCUUCUCACGACAACAAGACACUCCAAAAUCACCACCAAGUCAGGCGAAACCGAGCCAGCAGGGCUGAGUGGCUAG